AUGGGAUUAGCUGGUACUAAGGUAAAGCAAAGAUUUGGACUUGAUCCAAGAAAUACAAAUUGGUCCAAUGAUACUUCAAGAUUUGGGCAUCAAUACUUAGAAAAAAUGGGUUGGACGCAGGGAAAAGGUUUGGGACUCGUUGAUCAUGCUACCACUACUCAUGUUAAAGUUUCUAUCAAGGAUGGUAACGUAGGGCUAGGCGCUCUGUUGGCAAAGAAACAAAAGCAAGACGAAUUUGAUUCAGGUGAAUGUGCAGGCUUAGAUGUUUUUCAAAGAAUUUUAGGUAGAUUAAAUGGGAAAGAAGAUCAAAUUAACAAGGAGUUAGAUAGACAAAAGACGGAAGUUUGGAAUGGUAAGUGGGGAAUGACAUUUAUCAAAGGAGAAGUAUUACUGAGUACCUGGGACGCUGAACUAGCGAAGAAAGCUUCAAAGAAAAGGUCGAGAGAUAAUGAAAAAAGUACACAAGGAAGUGACAUGGAUGUUAAAGAGCCAAAGAGAAAGAAGAGCAAAUCUAACAAGGAAGACGAUAAGAAAGCAAAGAAAGAUAAAAAAGAAAAGAAUGAAAGCAAAGAGAAAAGGGAAGGCAAAGGAAGAAAGGAAAAGAAAGAAAGGAAAGAAAAGAAGGAAAAGAAAGAAAGCAAAGUGAGGAAGGAAAAGAAGGAAAGCAAAGAUAAAAAGGAGAAGAAAGAGAAGAAAGAGAAGAAAGAGCUGAAGAAUACUAAGAAACUGAAGAAUGAAAAGAAAAUAGAGAAAGUAACCCGUGAAAGUAUGUUAAAGCCCAAAGAAUCUGAUGCUCCUCAAAUUUCUACAAGAUUAUCUGUGAGGUCUAGGUGGAUUAAGCAAAAGAGAGCCUCUGUGAUGGAUGCUAAAGCUUUAAACGAAAUUUUCAUGAUUACAAACUAG